AUGGACACCGCUCCUGGAGCGGAGUCGCAUCACGCCAACGCCGGCGACGGCGACGGCGCAGACGUGAUCUACGUCGUUGAUCCUCUCAAACAAACGCUUGCCUUUCCCUUUGAGAAAGUGAAGACAUGGGAGUCCCGCGCGAUGCUCAUUUCCCAAUCCUGCCCACUGGCGCCCGGUAUGGACGAGUUGCGCGAACAGCUCAUCAAGGCCCAGUACGACAUCCUGGGUCCGGAAAAUGCCGUUAUUAUUCCUAGGCUGUGGGAGUCUCUGGCCCGACCCGGAUUAAAAGUCAACAUCGCUCUGUGGCCCGUUCCUUCAGCACCACCACCAGCCUCAGUACCACCAGCAGGCCCAACCCCACCGCUAAGGAAGGAGGAGGACUCCUGGGAUAGGUUGCUUGAGUUGCUUGAUUCUGACGAUGGUUUUCUACAUGGUACCAGGGCUCCUCCUGAGCCGCGCUUUGUUCCCCCGCCCCCAAAGCCAGCGGCAGGGGUACGCCUAGGAACCCGUCGCCCUCCCUCCCGAACGAGUUCCUUGUCGGGAUCAGAUUCCUUGGCCUCGUUACCGCAUGCGCAUAAGUCUACCGGGCGAAGCAAGAAGGUCCUGUCCUGGGUUACAGGCGGGCUGAAGCCACAACGAAAAAAGAGAGCGAGAGCUCCCCGGCCUGCAUAUGCCUAUGGUUCGCGAGCGAAGGAAUCCGACUCCGACUCCGAAUUGAGGGCCCCCUUGAGGCAUGCCCACCACCGCGCUCUAGCUCGAAGUUUCCCUCCACCCGGCGUACCAGGCCUACCAAGGCAGGGGGACCGCUUCUUUCGACCCCCAAAGAUAAGGAGAGAGACAUCAGUAGGGUUGGAUCACUUUGCCGAUUCAGACACAAUGCGAAGAGCUGAGCCUGAAAUUAUUCCCUGCAGUCCGAGGGCAGAGAUUGCGUACGCGCUUGAAAGUAGUCAUUCUGAGUCCAGUGACUCGAUGGAGGUUCGACGGCGUCAAUUCCAACUAUCUGAUGAUUCUACGGAUUCCGAUGAGGGUAUCGCGGAUCCCAGGACGUGCAUCUCCAAGCGAGCCUCAGCGCGGCCUCGGAGGAUUCCGGGUCGUUUCAACGCUCUGCUGUCGGAAGAUGAGCCUCCUCUGGAGAUACUGGAGUUUCGGGAGGCACGCGUUUACAAGGAUGAGAGGAGGAAUCCGGCAAGUUCUAUUGAGCUUGUGGAGUGUCAACGCAUGGAUAACCAUGACAGGCCGCCACCUACUACUAGCAAGCAAAUGAAGUGGAUCCAUGUCUCCAGUGGAACCUUGGACCUUGAAGAACUUGAGGAUAUCGCUCUGUCUCAUCUUAUAAACCCCGCGGAGGAUCAAGAUGCCGGACUCGCAAUCGAAACGCUCAUGGACACUCUCCGUGAGCGAACGUUUGCGAAACCUGGUGGCGUAACCCUGCGAUGCAAUAUGAAGAACCGAAGUCAAAUCAGCCCCGGUCUUCCCGGAUCCGCCAUCUUCAUCUCGAUGCCUUUCUUAUAUGUCGACGCCCUGACUGCGUCUCCGAACACCCGAGGCAAAGGCGCCUCAUCGCCUCCGGGAAUAGCGCGUAGAGUUCGCCAGUUCCUUGGUCCCCGUGCUACACCACGCGAUGAUGCUUCGAGCAGUCCAACUGGGUCUCGGCACAAGAAGGUGGUACUCGCGGCGCGCCGACUCCACGAGACAUUUAGUGUCCAUGACAAAUCGAUUGAAAGAGACAAGAAACAAGCAUUCAACAUGAUGUCGAGUCAAGGGGCUGAAGAUGUGCUUUGGGUUGGAUACGUUUGGAUAUUGGUCGUUGAAGGCCCCGAAGGUCAAGUUGGAGUGUCUACGAUCGCAACUGAAAGCGCCGAGAGCACGCUUGACGAUUUGGAAUUGGAUGACGUUGACGUACCACCGGAUGUUUUCACUACCACAGACAGCAAAAAGGAGUACUCGCGCCUAGCGCUUCGCGCUUUAGACCCUCGAGUACCCCCAUUCUGUGUCGGGGGCGAUGAUCCCGACGAGAAAUCGCGGACUGGCAUACCACCCGCAAUACAGUCACGAAAUCCCGGCCACGAAGUACGCCACGAGUGGAACGCCGCUUGUCUCGCGCGCAUUAAACUCGCCUUGAGAAAAAGCCAGCGGUUCCUCGUCAGUCAGCUGAAGGAAGAGUUUCCACAACUAGACCUAGAUCUCGGCAAACCAGCCUCGACGCGAGAUGGGCUCCCACAUGCGAGCCGAUUCUCUGAUAGGGCUCAAAUCCUAGCAACGGACUUUUGUGCAGCAGCGAGGUCUACGCUGGAAGAAUUCGUUGACAAUAACCCCAAGUCCUUCCCGAUUCUUCAACACUAUCUUAACUCCCUCUCAAGACUGCUUCGUACCUCGGUCAAUUCAACUGACACACCUAGCAACUCCCAAAAAUGUCUAUUGCGCCAGGAUUUAUUCCGUAUUCUCGGUCCGGAAUAUUCCAAGGGCCCGUUGAACCUCGACUCCUGCACUCGUUGCGGCCGCAGGCGAAUCGACCAGUCCGAGGAAGGCGCCCUUAAACACCUACGGAAAAGACACGCCUUAAAAGCAACACCCGAAGAGAAGGUCCGGUCCUGCAUCGUCACUCUUUCCGAGGCAGCACCCUCGGCUCUUGAGGCCGAGUACGUGGCGACUCUCGAUCUCUGCCGCGACACCAUGGCCCGUCUGUCCGAGCUCUGCUGCGAGAUGCAAAAAGCCAGGGUAGUAGACGGCGUCUUUCGCGAUCCGAUCCAAGGUGUGCCAAGCGACCUUUUCGCAGCUCUCGAGCUGAUAUUCGUAUAUGUUCUUGCUCUUCCUUUACUGUUUGAUGAAGUUGAGAAGCAUUACGUAGUAGCGGUCUCGAAACCCGAGACCGAGUUCCUCGAGAUGCCAUGGAAUAUCAGGUACAAACGUGUCGUGAUAGAGCGGGUCGGCUUGGCGGCGCGAGACUUCAUCAAGGAUGCCGAGCGCUCCCUUCGACUCGCCCGGGACUUGAAGCCCAUAGACUACGGCAUUCGGUACUUUGAGCCGGUUUCAUUGGGAACUCUCGCCUCCCAGAUGAUUUCGAACCUUUCGCAGGAUGUCGUCUACAAUGGUAUGACUGUCUGCGAUAUAUACGAGGCGUGUUGUGAGAACUGGAGCUCCGAAGUCCUCAACCAUGCGAGGAAACUUCAAGUGCCAGCCAUCGGAGCAUUCACAGACGAAGUCCGAAAACUCAAGACCAUCUCCGAGUGGCAAUCCCAGCUCUGCGAAGAUCUAACCAGCCUCCCGGGCUUCAUACCACCGCCCAACGACUACCGCCGCCGCCGCGGCAAUGGCAUCCCCGGCAACCCUUACAAUGUCCAGCGAAACAUGAUAAACAGGACGGAAGCCAACCUGGAAUACCAGAUCGAGUUGUUUGACGCUACGCUCGAGAGGUCUGCCGAUCUGGUGGAAAGUGUUCGCGAUUUAACCAACAUUAUGCGUGACGAGGAUAAUAAGGCCAUUCUGCUCUUUACGCUCAUCACCGUUAUUUUCUUGCCGUUGAGCUUCGUGGCUUCGUAUUUGAGCAUGAGCGAUGGUCCGUCGAGCGAGGAUUGGGAUGUCGUUCAGGGACCUUUCUGGAAGACGGCUGGGCCUUUGGCAGCGGGGAUCGGGCUGACGCUUACGCGAAGUCCAUAUUGUCGCAACAACGGCAUUAUUGCCUUGUUCCUGGGCCUAUUUACGGUGCAGACUGCAAUAGAACGGCUGAGGGUAACGCUAUUCGGAGGGAGGCACGGGCUCGAGAAAGACGAGGGAGGAGAAAAAGAGGUAAACGAGAUUGAAGAAACGCAGAUGAAGGGCGACAAGCGCGUCUAG